GACGCGUCCGACGACGCCGGCGAGGAGACGGCUACGCUCGUGCCGUCUCCCUGGGACGCCCUGCCCCCGCGGAGCGCCGCCGGCUCACCCAGGUGCCGCGCGCUCCGGGGCUGCCGCAGCUUCUACGGCAACGUCGUGCUCGCCUGCGCGGGGGGCGUCAUCCUGGUGGCCAUGCCGGGCCAGAGCUUCGGCCUCAGCAUGUUCCUGGACGACAUGCUGGGGGACCUGGGCCUCUCCCGCUCCGAGGUGUCGUGGACCUGGAUGGUGGCGCUGCUGGCGAGCGGCAGCUUCCUGCCGGCCGCAGGGUACAUCUUCGACCGGUACGGGGCGAAGGUCCUGCUGCUCCUGAACGCCGUGCCCCUGGUGCUCAGCACCGCCCUGGUGAGCCGCGUCUCUGGCGCCUGGUCGCUCGGUGCCUGUUUCUUCGGGAUGCGGCUGUUCGGGCCCGAGGUGUGCGAGCUGCUGGCCUACUGCGUCGUGAACGUGUGGUUCGAGCGGGACCGGGCGCGGGCGGCGUCCGUGGGCGCUUCCGGCAACACCCGACUCAUGAUGGUGGACUCCGGCCUCCUGGCGACGCCGCCGCUCCUCCUCGCCCUGAAGGAGGCGGUCGGCUGGAGGGCCUCCUUCGUCGUCAUAGGUGCCGUGCAGGGGGCCGUCCUCCUCGUGUGCUGGCUCUUCAUCGUCGACCGCCCCGAGCAGCUGGGCCUGCGGCCGGACGGCGCGGGCGCCGCCGGGCGGCGCGCAGGCGCGGAGGAGGACGGCCUCGAGGGCGAGGAGAAGGACGAGGAUCGGAGGGCGCCAAGCGCCAGCCGGAACAUCUGCUCCGAUGCUGGCCAGAUCCGAGUUGACGUAAAAGACGCUGGGGCGUUCUUUGGUGUACCCCCCGGCUUCCACCUUCC